AUGGCUGGACUGUUCGCCCCCAACAUCUUCCACAAUUUCUCGUUCCAAGGACGGAAUGAGGAACGGAUCGCCCCUGCGUUGCUGAGACAGGCAUCUUACGGCACCAUAAAGAUUGGCAUUUACCAGAGUUUGAAGCGGCUGUUCGUAGAUCGCUUGGAAGAUGAAACGUUGCUAAUCAAUGUAAUCUGCGGAGUGGUUUCAGGGGUGAUCUCCUCUGCAAUUGCCAAUCCGACAGAUGUGCUGAAGAUUCGAAUGCAGGCUCAAGGCAGUUUAUUCCAGGGUGGCAUGAUUGGCAGCUUCAUCGACAUCUACCAGCAGGAGGGUACCCGAGGCCUCUGGAGGGGUGUUGUCCCAACAGCUCAGAGAGCCGCCAUCGUGGUCGGUGUGGAACUGCCGGUGUAUGACAUCACCAAGAAGCACUUAAUUCUGUCAGGCCUGAUGGGUGACACCAUCUUUGCCCACUUCGUCUCCAGUUUUACCUGUGGGCUGGCUGGGGCCAUUGCCUCCAACCCUGUGGACGUGGUGCGGACACGGAUGAUGAACCAGCGGGCAAUAGUGGGCAGCACGGAGCUCUAUAAGGGCACUCUGGAUGGCCUCUUGAAGACAUGGAAGAGUGAGGGCUUCUUUGCACUCUAUAAAGGUUUCUGGCCCAACUGGCUUCGGCUCGGUCCCUGGAACAUCAUUUUUUUUAUCACAUACGAGCAGUUGAAGCGACUUCCAUUCUGACCGCGGGCUUCGUUCCACGAGAGUCAUCUCCAAGACUUGCAGCAGAGAGCUUUGCUGCAGCCUUCCUCUUCAUGUCACCAUCCCCAUGUUUCGAUGUUUUGGUACACGGUGGGUCCGGGCUGUCCCCCUCCCCCAAACGCAUGGUCCCUGGCGCAUGAUCUGCCUGAAGUGGAACUGGGAGGCUGAUGGCAGGUGCUGCAUGUUUUUCCCCACGGAGGCGAGUGUUAACGGUGUACGAGUGUCUGGGCCUGAGGCGAUAUCUUCUGUGAAGAUCUGUGCAUUCCCGUGGCCUUCUGGUGCAGCUGUGGUUUGUCGUUUGGCUGGUGUGCGUU